GAAUGCAAACAAACUGCCUCGCGGCUCCGAAUCCGUUGUCGUUGUCUCGCCGUCGGCCCGAUUGGAUGAUGGCUUCAAUGGAGCCCCAGGAGCUUGAAAUCACGUUGAAAUACAUCCAAGUGGGCGCGGCUUGUGCCCGAUCGGCAGAGGGUCACGGUAAGGUUCAGGCCCAGGAGAGAUUGUACCCGACGAGGGCGUGUCGGAGUUGCCUGUAUCUGGUAGGCGACGAAGUGCAUCUCGUGCCUCAUGCAGGUGUAAGCAGCAAGUGCAAGGGCAGGAUACGAUUGCAUGGCCACGGCACAGCGGCGAAGACGGCCCCUUUUUUUCUUUCUUUUUUUUUCCUUCACUCAACAAUCUGUCAUCCAACGGCCCCAACAAAGCUGAAAAUCCCACAUGUCUACGGGGCCCAAUAUCCAUCCGCCGCACGAGGCUCGGAAGCCACGGUGGGUUUCCCUUAA